GUAACUCAGUAUAGUCUACCCCUAAAAGGCAAUCUCUUGGACAAAGUUCUCCCACCUCAAUUGAUUCCAAAAGCCAAAGGCCCCUGGACCCACUUGUUUCAACCUCCUUGUUGCCUGACCCCACCAUCUGGGCCCAACAAGAAUCAUCAGACACCACAAGAUAAUGAAAAAACUUUUCCUACCCAUUAACUCUACGCCACGUGUCGCUCGUGGAUUCUCUUCCCAUUUGGUAGUUGCCUGCUGUUAUUUUCCCUCCUUCCCCCUUCAUAUUUCACACUGCCUCAUAAGUCUACAGCAUACCUUGCUCAACUCACAACAGAAAAUAGAGAGCAAUAAGAAGGAAAAGGUUAAGAGAGUCGCAAUUAGUUCAAUGUUGAAAAAGGAGAAUAGUGGGGGUUUUGAUGGCAGUAGCAACAACUGGGCAAGGGUGUGUGACAGUUGCCAUUCUGCUGCAUGUACUGUUUACUGCCGGGCGGAUUCCGCCUAUUUGUGUGCGGGCUGCGAUGCACGCAUACAUGCAGCAAGUGUCGUGGCUUCUCGUCACGAGCGUGUGUGGGUUUGCGAGGCCUGUGAACGUGCCCCUGCAGCCUUUCUUUGCAAGGCAGAUGCUGCUUCACUCUGUGCCUCCUGCGACGCUGACAUCCAUUCUGCAAACCCCUUGGCACGCCGUCACCACCGUGUCCCAAUUAUGCCCAUUCCAGGAACCCUUUAUGGUCCUCCAGCUGUUGACAUCGUUGGUGAUGAUUCAAUGAUAAUUGGUGAGCCCAGAGGGGACAGCACGGAGAAUUAUGGGUUCUUGCGUUUGACUAAAGAUGAAGAUGAUAUGACUAUAGAUGAAGAAGAUGAAGAUGAAGCAGCUUCAUGGUUGUUGCUGAAUCCUCCUGUUACAAACAACAAUAAGAACAAUGUUAACAAUAACAUCAACAAUCAAAAUAACAACUGUAGGAUGUUGUUUGGUGGGGAAGUAGUGGAUGACUACUUGGAUCUUGCUGAGUAUGGCGGGGAUAAUCAAUUUAACGAUCAGUACAGUGUUAAUCAGCAGCAGCAACUUUACUCAGUUCCUCAGAAGAGUUAUGGUGGAGAUAGCGUUGUGCCAGUUCAGGAUGGACAGGGAAAAUCUCUGAUUAUCUACCACCAACAGCAACAACAACAAAGUCACCACCUAAAUUUUCAGCUAGGAGUGGAGUAUGACAACUCUAACACUGGAUAUGGUUACCCUGCUUCUAUGAGUCACAGUGUUUCCAUUUCGUCGAUGGAUGUAAGUGUUGUCCCAGAAUCUGCACUAAGUGAAAAUUCAAACUCCCACCCACGACCUCCAAAAGAGUCCAUUGACCUUUACUCAGGCCAUCCAAUUCAGAUACCUCCCCAUCUUGCUCAAAUGGACAGAGAAGCCAGAGUCCUAAGGUACAAAGAGAAGAAGAAGAACCGUAAAUUCGAGAAAACCAUAAGGUAUGCUUCAAGAAAAGUCUAUGCAGAAACAAGGCCAAGAAUCAAAGGCCGGUUUGCAAGAAGAACAGACAUAGAGGCUGAAGUAUACCAGAUGCUCUCCACACAAUUAAUGACAGAUAGCAGUUAUGGAAUUGUCCCUUCAUAACAAUGAAAAGAUCAACUACAAGUCCUUAAACCUAGUAUUACUACUGUAUCUUACAUCAUUAUCAAUCGAACUAGCUAUUGAAUAAUGAGAAUGUACUAAAGUAGUUUUCCACAGAGGAGAUGUUAAAUUCUCUGCAUUGUUGUAUAUGUAAAAAAGGAGUUCUUCCUUGUAGACUACAUUGCACUCAAUACAUACAAUUUUCCUGAGGAAAAAGAAAACAAAA